AAACCGCGUUUCGGCCGAACGGGUACAUUAGUAUGACGCUCGUACAUUCGCGUACUUGAAAUAGCCGGGAACAAUAAAAAAAAGGAUAGCUGAGCGAUGGCGUCUGACAACAGUCCCUCGCAAGAUGGCGGCCGUCGCCUAGGCAACCGAUGGAACUCAGAGGAGGCCAUCAUGGAUCCGAUUCGUCUGCUCCAGGAGCUCGAACGAGAAGCAACCGAAAAGCGGCGUGGCCUGCGCGCCGCCGCAAACGCUGUAAACGCUUCGGCCGUGGAGAACAAAAUUUCCAACGGUCCCUUGUUGUUGCUCGACGACAUGGCAGCGUCGAACGACAAGACACCGCUGCUGAAGGAAACUUCAACCCUCAAUGGACCAAUCGGACGUAAAAAGACAAAGAACAAGUCACUGCCUCCACGAAAGAAGCCUCCGAGUGUCAAGGAAAAAACGGGUGUUGGCGGUGGAGGUCGCGGCGGUUCCACGUUACCCGUCAAUAAGCAUACCAAGACGUCGAACAAGUCCGGCAAGUCGGCGUCGGUCAAGCCCGUGGAGAACAACAUUCCGAAGGUGAGCUUCGAAGAGAAAAAGGCGCUCACCCCGGUUCCGGAGGAACAGCAGAAGCAAGAGGCGCCAGCUCAGCUCGAGCUCAACAUUCGCGAGCAACCCGACUUGCUCGUCCAAGAAGGCGACUCCAAAACUGCAGUGAUGGCACUUGCCGUUCCGGUGGCUCCCGAAGUGGUGUCCACGGAGCCGAAGCCUAAAGAAAAGACCAGCGUCCUGUCGAGAAUGCGGGACGCGGCCAAGAAGAUCAACGUGGCGCCGAGCAAGCUGCAGCAGACCGUGAUGAACGCCAAGCUUUUGCACAACAGACUGUCGCAUUCCAAGCCCAAUUCCCAGCAGGACUCUUCUGAUACAUCGCAGGCCGACUCCGGAAGUGGCCAGCCGGCACAAGAUUCCUCCACCGCGGCUCCCUCGAUGGACUUGAUCUUCGCGGACUCACCGGACUCCAUGGGCGAAGAGGAAGCUCCUGCGGAGGCCGGAGAGAAGAAGGAAGGCGCCGAAGAGGCGCCUGCUGCCAAGCCGCCCGAACAGGAGCGGCCCAAGGGGGCCACGUGGACGGGUACUACGGCAAACGCCGAGCUAGCACUGAAGAUAUUGAACAUGUCUAGGAGGGGAGACUGGCUCGGUGUGGAUGCCCUGCUCAAGCACGUUGAGAAGGGAGACCUGCCGGCAGAUCUUGCCGAUGAGGCCACGGGAUUUACUCCACUAAUGUACGCCGUCAAGGACAGCCGUGUGGGUUUAGCCGACAAGUUUAUUGACCUCGGUGCCAACGUGAACGCCAAAUCCAAGGAUGGCCAGACCGCCCUGCAUCUGGCCGCUGUCCACGUGCGGGAGGACAUGGUGCGCCUGCUGCUCAACCGGCGCGCCGACCCGACCGUCACCGGAGGGCCCAAGGGCCAGCUGCCCAUUCACGUGCUGAGCGCCCGGCCGACAGGCGCGGCCAUCGUGCCCUUGCAGCUGCUGCUCCGGGCUGGCGACAAGAACGUCCGCAUGGUGCCUGACAUGGACGGCAACAUCCCUCUGUUCCUGGCCGUGGAAGCGGGCAACCACGGCGUGUGCCGGGACCUGCUUGGCGCCAUGACGCGCGAGCAGGUCUGCUACGUGCACCCGGCCACGGGCAACACGGCGCUGCAUCUGGCGGCGCGGCGCCGAGACCUGGACAUCAUGCGCUUCCUGGUCGAGUGCCAGAGCCCCGUGAACCACCAGAACGCCGAGGGUCAGACUCCGCUGCACGUUGCCGCCCGCGAAGGGGACGAGCAGGCUGUCAAGCUGUUCCACCACGCGGGCGCCAACCCGAACCUCAUCGACAGCGAGGACCGCACGCCGCUGCACAUCGCCACGCAGCUGGGUCACGUGGGCGUCGUCGAGCUCCUCAUCGACAAGUACAAGGCGUCCGUGCACCACCGCACCAAGGAUGGGAGCACCUUGAUGCACAUUGCAGCUGAAGCUGGAAGGCCGGAAACAGCCAUGGUCUUCAUGAAGAAAGGCGUCCCCUUGCACAUGUCGAACAAGGCUGGCGCCAAGUGUAUUCACACAGCGGCACAGAAGGGCUACGUGGACAUCGUCAGGACGCUACUACAAAAGGGGGAGCACGUGGAUGUCAAGACGAACGACGGGCACACGGCACUUCACGUGGCCGUGUCCGCGGGUCAGGCGCUGGUCGUCGAGACACUGCUGGGACACGGAGCACAGGUCCAGUUCAAGGCCGGACCCAACAACGAGACACCGCUGCACAUCGCUGCCCGCGUAAAGAACGCCGACGACUGUGCCGAGCUGCUCAUCAAGAGCGGCGCGGACGUCAACGAAAAGGAUGCGAACGGAGAAAUACCAUUGCAUUUCGCUGCACGGGAGGGCCAUUUGAGGACUACAAAGCUGCUCCUAGAAGACAACACCAUAUCCGACCUGCUCAACAAGGACGGAGAGAGUCCUCUUCAUGUGGCGGUCAAGAACUGCCAUUUUCCGGUGGUGCAAGCACUGCUAGAAGACUGGGAAAAGAAAAACUCGGACCCGGAGGAGAAAAAGAAGCUGGCCAAUCAGAAGAACAUGGAGGGUGAGAACUCGCUACACUACGCGGCCACCAUAACUGAGAAGCAGAAGCACUACGCCACCGAGGACCGCGACAUCAUGCGAAUCCUGCUCAAACAUGGCGGCGACGUGAACGCAGAGACACGGACGACGAUGGAAACACCUAUCCACCACUGCUCCAGAACUGGGAACGUGGCGAUCCUGCAGGAAAUCAUCGACACCAUGCCUCCAGCUGCCGUAAUGAUUUCUUGCAACCAACAAGCAAGGAAUGGCUGGGCGCCGCUCCUCUACGCCUGCGAUGCCGGUCACCCGAGGGCAGCGAGUCUGCUCAUCCAGAACGGAGCCAGGGUGGACACGUUCGACGAGACGGGCAAAGCGGCGCUGCACUUGGCCGCCGAGAAAGGCCACGAGGAACUGGCCGACAUCCUGCUCAGUGCCAAGGCGUUCGUCAACGUGCGAUCUCAGCGGGGCCUCACGCCCCUUCACCUGGCCGCCGAGAAGGGAUACGCAACGCUGGUCCGCAAGCUGGUAACAGAGCACGGCGCCAUCCUGGACGCCCUCAGCCUAAACAAAAAGACUCCGCUCCAUCUGGCAGCCGCGGAAGGGAGGUUGGACGUGUGCAAAAUUCUGCUCGAGCUCAAGGCGGAUACAAAUGCCCUGGACGACCAAGGACAGACUCCCAUGAUGCUGGCCAUCGAGAAUGAUCACUCCGAAGUCGUCAAACUGUUUUUGAGGGUGAAGCCGGACCUGGCGAUGAUGUCGAACGCUAAAGGGUUUACGUGCGCCCAUAUCGCUGCAAUGAAAGGCAGCACGGCGGUCAUCAAGGAAUUGAUGAAGUUUAACAAAUCUAUUGUGACAAGCUCGAGGAACAGGACGACCGACUCAACGCCCCUUCACUUGGCCUCCGCCGGUGGGCAUGCGAACGUAGUCAAGAUGUUGCUUCAAGCAGGAGCCGAUGCCAAAGAAGAGAAUGCUGACGGGGACACUGCGCUGCACUUGGCCGCUAAGAAUGGUCACGUGGCCGUUGCCAGGGUACUGAGCGCCAUCGUGCCCUGGUCCACAACCAGCAAGAAGACGGGGCUGACAGCGUUGCACGUGGCAGCCAAGAACGGUCAGAUGGACUUCGUUAGGGAGAUGUUGACGGAGGUUCAGGCGGCUCUUGCCAGUGAACCACUUCCGGACGGAGGAGACUACGGAAUGACAGCAUUGCAUAUGGCGGCAGCUGCGGGCCACGAAGGUGUCGUUCGGAUGUUGCUGAACAGCUCUGGAAUACAAGCCGACGCGCCAACCUUUCAAGAGGGAAUGUACCCUCUGCACUUCGCGGCGCAAGGUGGCCACCUGGCCGUGGCCAGCAUCCUGCUGAGCCGCGCAGAGUCGCAGCUGCAGUGCGUCGACAAGCUGGGCCGAACCCCGCUGCACGUGGCGGCCGCCGCCGGCAAGAGAGAGAUGGUCGGCCUGCUGCACAGCCAGGGCGCCGAGAUCAACGCCGCCGACAACAUGGGCUGGACAGCUCUGCACUUUGCGGCGCGUAACGGAUAUCUCGGCGUCGUCAAGAUAUUGGUGGAGAACGGUGCCUUCGCAAAAGCGGUGACCAAGGAUGGCAAAGUACCACUGUGCCUGGCAGCGGCUGAAGGUCACUAUGACAUCAUCAGCUACCUGCUCAAGAAAGACCACGACACCACUGACCUUAUGGACGACAAGCAUUUCCUGAUUGACCUGAUGGCCUCCGGCAAAGUGCACCAGAACCGGCCUAUGGUGGACUUCAUCCUCGCCUCGAAGGCGCCCAUCGACACAGCCGUCAAAAUGGCCCGCAGCUACGAGCUGCUGUCGCUGAAGGAGAAGGAGCGCGCCAUGGAACUCGAGGAGAUGGCCGGCUUCUGCGACAACCUGGCCAACGAGCUCCUCUCCAUCGCCGCCUCGAACAACAACACGGCCGCGCUGCUCCGGGCGCUGGACGCACGGAACACUCCUUUUUUAGACGUUCUCAUAGAACUGCAGCGCAAGACGGUCGUGGCUCACCCGGCGGCGCAGAAGUACCUCACCGAGCUUUGGAUGGGCAGCUACCACUGGACCACGUUCAAGAUCGUCAUGCUCUUCUUCGGCUUCCUGCUGUGUCCAGUGCUGUGGGUCGCCUCGUCGCUCGUGUGCGGAAAUCACUUCUCGAACAUCCCCAUCGUCAAGUUCAUGUCCUACCUGGUCUCGCACAUCUUCUUCGUGAUCGUUCUCAGCGUGACCAUCAUCAAUCCGUGGCAGCCGUUGUACACGUCCACCCACCUGGUGCCCCACUGGAACGAGUGGCUGCUGAUCUUCUGGCUCUUGGGCAUGUUUAUCACCGAGAUCACCAACCCAUCGGACCGCGAGGGCCUGGGCUACAUCAAGACGGUCGUACUGUUCAUAAGCGCGAUCGCCAUCACGGUGCACCUGGUGGCGCUAUUCUUCCGCGAGGAGUACUACCGGCUCAUAUGUCUUUACAUCCGCAACCAGCUGUUCGCCGUCGCGCUGCUCUUGGGUUUCCUCGAGUUCCUCAACUUCCUGACAUUCCACCACCUGUUCGGCCCGUGGGCCGUCAUCAUCCGGGACCUGAUCAAGGACCUGAUGCGGUUCCUGGCCAUACUGCUCAUUUUUCUGGUGGGUUUCUCACUGAACAUGUGUGCCGUGUACCAGCCCGUGUUCGUGCCGCCGCGUGGGGACAACAUAACGCUGCCCAUCUUCGGCCAGGAGUUCCAGUCACCGAUCAACACGUUCGAGAUGCUUUUUUUCUCACUCUUCGGGCUCGUGGAGCCGGACUACAUGCCGCCGCUGCACCUCAGCCCGCCGUUCGCCAAGAUCAUCGUCAAGGUGGUCUUUGGCGUGUACAUGAUGGUGACCGUGGUUGUGCUCAUCAACCUGCUCAUUGCUAUGAUGUCGGACACCUACCAGCGUAUCCAGGCGCAGUCGGACACCGAGUGGAAGUUUGGCCGCGCAAAGCUCAUCCGCAAUAUGAAGCGCGCCUCACCCGCGCCGGCGCCCCUCAACUGCCUGACCUUCGUGCCGGAGCUGAUUAUGAACAAGUGCUCCCUCAAGAAAGUAAAAGGCGGCAGCACUCUCUCUAUGCUGAAGGACAUGGGCUCCGGACAGACGCAGAGCAGGACAAACUCGGCUGCAGGCGCUCGCGGCAACCGAAGGAUAAUGCCACUUGAAGAAAUGAUGCAAGGCAUGAACAAACUGACAAAUGUUGUCGACUGGCCGUCCAUAUCGAACAAGUACCUGGAAAACUUCGAAGUGCGCAGGGCAUCGCUGUCGGUUGUGGAAACCUUGCAAAAGGCUGCUGGUAACAAGAAGGAGUGAGGAUGUCCAAAAACGUCAAUGAAGACGACUUUUCAAACUUGGUGUUACCCUUAACUCCAUUUGCUGGACAAGGCACACUUCCUGGCCUCCAAGCUCAUCCACAAGGGCUUGCCUGCAAGCAACCAUGCUCGAAAACUUGUCUAAAGGCAUUAUGCGAGCCAGUUGGGACUGUUUGGUGCUGUUGCCUGCAAUCAGUCUGAACAAGUUGGGUGAAGGUGAGGUGGCAUAAUGUACAAUUUCAAAGUCUGUCGAGUUUUCCUUCUGCUUUACACUGCACACGGGGUGUUAAACACAGCAAGAAGUUUUGCAGAAAACCAUUACACAAUGCACACUGACACAGUUUCAAUAUUGAACACCUAAUGAGUCUGUUUAGAAGCUUGAGAAUUACAGCAAUGCCUGCUAGUUUUAGAACAAUUUGUUUUGUAUAUAAUGUAUAUGUCUAGAAGGGACCAUUUUCUUGUUCUUCUAUUUAAGCGUUGAAUUUUCUCCGAUUCAUGUAUUUUGCCCAGCUUAAAAUUUAUUGCACCCAGCUACAAACAGAACAGAAACAUUUUUGUGAAUGUCUGUCGAGACCAAAAGCAGGUGAACAAGUUUACAGGCGUGAGCUAUGUAUUAUAUGCCAAGAAGGCUAUCUACAAGAAAGUAGCUCUUUACAUACACAUAUUUGUAAAUAUAUACCAAUUUACUAAUGAAACAUAUAUUUGGUCAGACUGUACACACUGCUCAGUCUAAAUGGAGAUAAUGGAGAAAUGUACAAUAAUGUAGAUAAAUUAAGAUGCAUUAAUUUAUUUCGAGUGUACAUUAUGGUUGCAGUAAUGAAAUGUAACUUUUUCCUAGAGCCUUCCUGCCACGAAAUUAAAUACUUAGUAAAGCAUUAGCUGCUAAAAUUCUGUUCAAGAUAGGGUGCAGUGCCCCGUCUAUCCUUUCAACAUUCACUUCAACUUCCCUUGAUAGCUUAAGUAGCUAAUUGAAGUAUACAAGUGGUCGAGUUAUAUUUUUGGUUGCAGUGGUCACAUCCCAAUAGAUGUGAAAUGAACGAAAGCAACACUGCUUUGACUUCGCUGCAUGGAGAUGAACCACGCGUGGGUGUACUUAAUUUUUUCUCUUUUCUGAUUGAGAAGCUCUGCAGAUACCAUUUAUAAAAAAUGAUAUGGAAUGCAUGCAGUUCAGUAAGAAAGUGAAUGGUUGUAUCCCACAAUAACUGCUGUACAUGUUAUUAGCAACGAACAAUGUAAUUUAACACAGAAAAGCAAGAUGAUGUAAAAUAACACUUUGUCGCAACAAAUGCAAGCUGCUGCAGACCUAAAGGACACU